AUGGCCAACACACUACUGCUGCUGUCUUUAGCAACGGUACUUUUAGCGACGGCAGCUGCCGAAGCGUCACCGGAGCUGAAAUCGGGCUCCUUCUACUCCCCGCCGUUCGAAAUGACCCCAGGAAAAGUCGUCUUCGACUACUUCUACGGCGUCGACUUCCCCACCGGCCACCUCGCCGUCAAGACCUUCCGCGCUGACCUCGUCGACGACGACGACAACGUCAUCCCGUUCCACGAGGUCUACCUCCACCACUCCUCCAUGUCCCGCUACUACCAGGCACGCAACUACUCCAUCCCCUCCGUCCUCGAGACCGAAACCCUCCCUUACUCCGAAACCGGCGGCUUCGUCUACCGCCGGAACGACGGCAUCUGCCAGACCGACAUCCUCGGCCAGUACCUCGGCCUCGGGACCGAGAUGCAGAGCACGCCCUACGUCGUCCCCGACCCGUACGGGAUGGAGAUCGGCGACCCGGCCCAGAUUCCCACCGGAUUCGACGAGAAGUGGUUGCUGAUGGUCCACGCGAUCGACACGCGCGGCGCGGUGGACCAGUUCGGGUGCACGGAGUGCAGGAGGGAUUUGUACAAUGUCUCGGUGGACGGGUUGGGCCGGGAGCUGGACCAGUUCGGGGAGCCGCUGCCGGACGAUUAUUACGGAGGGCUGUCGUGCUGUUACGCGCACACGCGCUGUAAGAUUAAGGAGGGAUUCCACGCGCCGGCGAGGAUGAUUCGGUUGAGGUACUCGAUGACGUGGACCGAGUGGGAACCGUCGAUUGUUCCGGUUAGGGUUUACAUCUUUGAUAUCACCGAUGAGAUGAAGUUGAAGGUGAGUCCUGAAACCGGCGCGGUCACGGCGGAGCAUGAUUGCGGGCUUGAAUACAUGGUGGAGAGCUGCCACGUGAAGGGACCGAAGAACAACAUUAUUGCACCAGAAGACGACGACGACGACAAGAGAUGUGCCGACUUCCAAAAAACCAUAGUGCCGAUGCCCAACGGCGGCGACGUUAUUUUUGGGCUCACCCACCUCCACGGCGGGGCCAUAAACUCCACCAUAUAUGGACAGGACGGCCGGGUUCUGUGCAAGACGGAGCCGAUCUACGGCGAAGGAGAGGAGGAAGGUUACAUUGUCGGGAUUUCCACGUGUCAGCCUGAACCGGGAUCCGUCUGGAUUAACGACGGUGAGAUGAUCGUUCACGAGACCGUCUACACCGCCGGCCGCCGACGUACCGGCGUCAUGGGCCUUUUCUACCUCCUCGUCGCCGACCGCCGCCCUACUACUCCUCCGGCUGCCACUAGUUUCCUGCGCCUUCCUUCCUUGCUGGCUGAGAAGGUGACCGUUGGGACGGGAGUGACGGCGACGUCGGGAGCCGUGGUGGGAGUUGGAAUGCUUCUUGUGGCUGCUGUGGUUGUUGUUGUUGUCGGGAAGAGGACAAAAGCUGGUGGUGGUUGCACAUGGGUAUGA